AACGCCAGUUAGCCGCCAAGCGUUAAGCUACCUUGACACAGUCGAUGGGGAACAUGAGGCAGUGCUCCAUGAUGCCGGCCACGGCUCCGGCCAACAUGUGCGUGCUGGUGGAAGCUCCUUGCGGCAAGCCCUCGUAGUCCGGUUCAGAGUUAUCACUUUGCUCCUGUGCGCUCCGGAUCAACUCCACAGUCUGCAGUUCCGUCUCGCCUCCAAUCCGCGGUGUCAGGUUGCCCACGAUACUUUCCGAGACUCCCAGGAAGCGACCCCCCAGCCAUCGGACUUCUGCCCCGGCAGAUGCACCAGCAACCCCGGGAUCAUUGCCUGCAGUCUCCGCGGUCAUCCGACGCCUCCUCACAAAUCCAUCCGCUUCCAUGAGAAACCAGGAGGCGUAAGGAGGAGGGGGGCGUGCACAAACGUCUUAGAGUUCGGCGGCGAGGCUUCGCAUUCCCUUGGUAUGUUUUGGUAGCUUCUUUUCCCGCUACAAACAUCCGCAGCCGCCUUCUUUCCUCUCCGCCACGGGCAGCCACGCGAGGCCGAGGAAGGCCGGAAACACAAGAAGAGACGCCACAGGCACGGAGACGAAGUUGAUUGGCUACCAGGGUGGACUUUGGACCACCAGAAGGGGAUGGGCUUCAAUAUGCAAUGGCUGCUGCAAUGUGGUCUGACCGUGCACGGAGGGUCGCGCACGUCGUGCGGAACUUGCUGGAAAGCAGAGGCAAACACACCGCGUCACCAUCCCGGUACGAUGCACUGAUCAUCGGGGGAGGGCACAAUGGACUAGUGGCAGCUGCCUAUCUCCAGAAAGAAGGCUUAAAGACAGCAGUGUUGGAGCGCAGACAUGUGCUUGGAGGUGCUGCAGUGACUGAGGAGAUCUUCCCUGGUUUCCUCUUCUCCAGGUGCUCCUACCUGCUCAGUUUGUUGCGGCCGCACAUUUACGCCGACUUGGAGCUGAAGAAACAUGGGCUGAAGGUGCACCUGAGGGACCCCCAUGCUUUCACUCCCAUGUUGGAGGAGGGGGUGAGGGGGGGUCCGCCGAGAUCACUCACCCUGGGCUCAGAUCGCGCCGAGAACCGGAGGGAGAUCGGCAAGUUUUCCCAGAAAGAUGCAGAGGCGUUUUCAGGUUUUGUUUUGUAUCUUGAGAAGCUGGCAGCCGCCAUCCACCCCCUCCUGGAUGCCCCCCCUGUCGACAUUCCAGGCAUCACAAGCGGCUCGUGGCGGAAGAGGCUGGCUGCAGCCAAAACACUGAAGCCCGUCGUCAAAUGUGGGCUGAAACUGGGCAGAAACAUUCCAGACUUUUAUGAGAUCACAACAGCCCCAAUCAUGAAGAUCCUCAAUCGGUGGUUUGAGUCGGAGCCGUUGAUUGCAACGCUGGCUACUGACGCCGUCAUUGGAGCCAUGACCAGCCCCAGCAAUCCUGGUAGUGGGUAUGUUCUCUUGCAUCAUGUGAUGGGCGAGUUGGAGAAGGAGAAGGGAGCGUGGGGGUACGUGGAAGGAGGCAUGGGAGGCGUGGCCAAGGCUUUGGCCAACUCUGCUCGGUCCUAUGGUGCAGAUAUUUUCACUGAGAAGGAUGUAGAACAGGUCCUGGUUGACUCACGCGGCGCUGCGAAAGGAGUGGCAUUGAAGGACGGCAUGGAAAUUCAUAGUAGGAUUGUUCUCUCGAACGCGACUCCGUAUGUCACCUUUAAAAACCUCACACCACAGAGUGCCCUUUCUCCAGCAUUCCUGAAAGCUGUCGAUCAAAUAGACCACACCUCACCUGUCACCAAGAUCAAUGUGGCAGUGAACAAGCUGCCCAACUUCCUGGCGGCCCCGACACCUGACAACAAACCAGGACCCCACCAUCAGUGCUCCAUUCACUUGAACUGUGAAAGUGUGGACCUACUGGAGACGGCCUACAAAGAGGCCAUGAAUGGACGCCCUUCAACAAGGCCCAUGAUCGAGAUGACCAUACCGUCUGUGCUGGACUCCACACUGGCUCCCUCUGGCUGCCACGUGGUGUCACUGUUCACACAGUUCACCCCCUUCCACAUCGAGGGCAGAGAGUGGACUGAGCAGGACAGAGAGGCCUUCGCAGAUACUGUAUUCAAUUGGGUGGAACAAUACGCCCCUGGAUUUAAGGACUCAGUGGUGGGAAGGGAUGUCCUGACUCCACCUGACCUGGAAAGAAUCUUUGGACUCACUGGAGGGAAUAUCUUUCACGGAUCAAUGUCACUGGACCAGCUGUACCUAGCACGACCUUUGCCCGCUCUCUCAGACUACCGUACGCCAAUUAAAGGGCUGUAUCUGUGUGGCAGCGGCAGCCAUCCAGGUGGAGGUGUGAUGGGGUCCCCUGGAUGGAACGCUGCUCUUACCGCCAUGGCUGACCUGAAACGUCAAUAACAAAUUGUUGUAUGAAUUACAUGAAACACUUAUUACUCCAGUCUGAUCCGAUGGUAUUUUAAAUGAUUCUUACAUAUCUGUUAGAACUUACACUACCGUUCAAAAGUUUGGGGUCACAUUGAAAUGUCCUUAUUUUUUAAGGAAAAGCACUGUACAUUUCAAUGAAGAUAACUUUAAACUAGUCUUAACUUUAAAGAAAUACACUCUAUACAUUGCUAAUGUGGUAAAUGACUAUUCUAGCUGCAAAUGUCUGGUUUUUGGUGCAAUAUCUACAUAGGUGUAUAGAGGCCCAUUUCCAGCAACUAUUACUCCAGUGUUCUAAUGGUACAAUGUGUUUGCUCAUUGGCUCAGAAGGCUAAUUGAUUAUUAGAAAACCCUUGUGCAAUCAUGUUCACACAUCUGAAAACAGUUUAGCUCUAACUGACCUUCCUUUGAGCAGAUUGAGUUUCUGGAGCAUCACAUUUGUGGGGUCAAUUAAACGCUCAAAAUGGCCAGAAAAAGAGAACUUUCAUCUGAAACUCGACAGUCUAUUCUUGUUCUUAGAAAUGAAGGCUAUUCCACAAAAUUGUUUGGGUGACCCCAAACUUUUGAACGGUAGUGUAUAUGACUACAUUAAAGUUGAAUAGCCUUGAUUGUGUAUACAUGCCAACUAGUCAGAAGUCUUAUCAUUGAGUGCAAUAGUGCACGCUGUGAAAGCUAUUUUUUAAUGAUUAUUAAUAAUUAUACAGUUGUCAUGAAAUUCCAUGAAGUUUAUUUUGUGCUCCGAAUUUUAAUAAUGCAUAGAUUUAAUAGAUGGUAACCACAGAACCUUUUUACCAAUGACAUAUGAAUGUCAAUAUCAUUACUGUAGUUUUGUAGAUUUUAUUUGAUGCUGCCUUACAUUCCUAUAGUACUAGUGUUCAAAACAAAAACAAUUCUAAGUAUUCUGUAAGUUGUAUUACAUGAGAUGUUGUCUGAAAUAUUAUGUUUUCAAAUUG